UUUAAUAGAUCAUUAUAUCUAAAACAUAAAAUAAAAUGAGAGAAGUUCUUUCGAUUCAUAUUGGACAAGGAGGUAUCCAGGUCGGUAACGCCUGCUGGGAACUCUUCUGCUUAGAGCACGGUAUCCAACCAGACGGUCAGAUGCCAUCUGAUAAGACUAUCGGAGGCGGAGAUGAUGCUUUUAAUACCUUUUUCUCAGAGACUGGAGCUGGAAAGCAUGUACCAAGAGCCGUAAUGGUCGAUUUGGAGCCAACUGUCUGUGACGAAAUCAGAACUGGUACCUACAGACAACUCUUCCAUCCAGAACAGAUCAUCUCUGGAAAGGAAGAUGCCGCCAACAACUUUGCUAGAGGACACUACACCAUUGGUAAAGAAAUCGUCGAUCUCGUCCUCGACAGAGUUAGAAAACUCGCCGACAACUGUACCGGUCUCCAAGGAUUCAUCGGAUUCCAUUCAGUUGGUGGAGGAACUGGAUCAGGACUCGGAUCCCUUCUCUUGGAGAGACUCUCCGUUGAUUACGGAAAGAAAUCCAAGCUCUGCUUUACUGUAUAUCCAUCCCCACAAAUUUCUACAGCUGUUGUUGAACCAUACAACUCCGUUCUUUCAACUCACUCCCUCUUGGAGCACACUGAUGUAGCUGUUAUGCUUGAUAACGAAGCUGUCUAUGAUAUUUGCAGAAGAAACUUAGACAUCGAGAGACCAACCUAUACCAACUUGAACAGACUUAUCGCCCAGGUUAUCUCCUCUUUGACUGCUUCACUGAGAUUUGAUGGUGCUUUGAACGUUGAUAUCACCGAAUUCCAGACUAACUUGGUUCCAUACCCAAGAAUUCAUUUCAUGCUUUCUUCUUAUGGCCCAGUCAUCUCAGCUGAGAAGGCUUACCACGAGCAACUCUCUGUUGCUGAGAUCACCAACUCUUCAUUCGAGCCAGCUUCCAUGAUGGCCAAGUGCGAUCCAAGACACGGAAAGUACAUGGCUUGCUGCAUGAUGUUCAGAGGAGAUGUUGUUCCAAAGGAUGUAAACGCUGCCGUUGCAACUAUUAAAACCAAGAGAACCAUCCAGUUCGUCGACUGGUCUCCUACCGGAUUCAAGGUCGGAAUUAACUACCAGCCACCAACUGUCGUCCCAGGAGGUGACUUGGCCAAGGUUAUGAGAGCUGUUUGUAUGAUCUCUAACUCUACUGCCAUUGCUGAGGUCUUCUCUAGAAUUGACCAUAAGUUUGAUCUCAUGUACGCCAAGAGAGCCUUCGUUCACUGGUACGUAGGAGAAGGUAUGGAAGAAGGAGAAUUCUCUGAAGCCAGAGAAGAUCUUGCUGCCCUCGAGAAAGAUUACGAAGAAGUCGGAAUCGAGACCGCCGAGGGAGAAGGCGAAGAAGAGAUGGAAUAAACCUAAUUAUUCAAAACAUUCAUACAUAUA